AUGUCUUUAAAAAAAACCUCACAUCAUCCUACAUUAAACUUACAAAUAUUUUUUAUCAUGCGACCGAGAAUCAAUCAGGUAGCAGGAAACCACCCGUUCCUUAAUGUAACCGCUACUAAAAACAAUAAGAAUUAUAGUAAGAAACUCUAUUAUAAGUUAUUCACCUCUAGUCCUCAUUAUUCAUUCUCGUCGUCUUAUUCUCCUUACUCUAUUUCCAACUCAUUUACACAUUCACCACGUCAAAGACAAAUAUCAUCACCAUCACGAGUUGGUAGCAUCUACAAAUCGUCAAUAAUUUCCAGUAACAAUAACAUUAUUACAAGCAUCACAAAGAGCACAAACAUUUAUUCUAGGUUUAAUUUAUCCUCGUCGCUUCCUCUUAAAAUCAUGUUCCACUAUUCAGCAUCAAGUAGUGAGGGUGGCUCUGCUGUUGUAAAUGGUGGCGGACUGGAUAAAAAAGAACAAAAAUUGGGCAAAAUUCUCACUGUCGACAACAUCAAUCCACAUGUAAAAAAGGUUGAAUACGCUGUACGCGGGGAACUCGCGAUCCGAGCAGACAAUAUAUCGCGUGAAAUCUUGGAGCCUCACAAUAAAUAUGCAUUUAAAAACAUUGUGCAUUGUAACAUUGGAAAUCCUCAACAAUUAAAUCAAAAACCAAUCACUUUCUUUCGUCAGGUCGCUUCAUUGACACAAUACCCGGAUCUCUUAUUACCAGAAAAUCGCUCCAAAAUCGAAGCUUUGUAUCCGAGGGAUGCUAUAGAACGUGCAGAGAAACUACUAAAGCAUAUCGGUAGUGUUGGUGCCUAUUCCCAUUCUCAGGGUAUCUCACACAUUAGAGAAAAUGUGGCGAAGUUUAUCGAAGAACGAGAUGGUUAUCCAUCGGAUCCGAAUCUUAUUUUUCUAACGCAUGGAGCAUCAAGUGGUGUUCAAAGCAUGCUUCAAUUGAUUAUCGAACAUCCAAACGUCGGCAUCAUGAUUCCCAUUCCACAAUAUCCUCUAUACUCUGCAACAAUAUCAUUAUUUAAUGCAAAAGCGGUGCCUUAUUAUUUAGAUGAAGAGCAAGAAUGGAGCCUUGACAUUAAAGGACUUUACUCAUCCAUAUCAAAAGCACGUGAAAACGGUAUAGAUGUUCGCGCGCUAGUCAUCAUCAACCCCGGAAAUCCCACCGGACAAUGUCUUCCUCUAGAAAAUAUGCGAGAAGUAAUCGAUUUCUGUCAUAAAGAACGAAUUUUAUUAAUUGCUGAUGAAGUAUACCAGACAAAUAUCUAUCAACCGGAAACGCGCCCAUUUCACUCGUUCAAAAAGGUGCUACGGUCGAUGGGUGAUGCGUACAAAGAUUUCGAACUUGUCUCCUUUCAUUCCAUUUCCAAGGGGAUGAUUGGCGAAUGUGGUCAACGUGGUGGGUAUUUGGAGUUAACGGGGAUGGACCCAAAGGUAGUUGAACAAUUGUACAAGAUUGCGUCGGUCAGUUUGUGUCCGAACGUUACUGGUCAGAUUAUGAUUGAUUUGAUGGUAAGACCUCCGAAGCGGGGUGAAGAGAGUUAUGAACAAUAUAUCAAAGAAAUAACAGCGAUUUAUGAGAGUUUAAAAAGACGUAGCAGAAAAUUGGCAGAGUGCUUUAAUGAAUUGGAGGGGGUCACUUGUAAUAAUGCUCAGGGAUCAAUGUACUUGUUCCCUACAAUCCGUCUACCCAAAAAGCUCAUAAAAGCUGCACAUGUUGCGAAGAAACAGCCCGACGAAUUUUAUUGUUUGGCAAUGUUGGAAGCUACUGGCGUCUGUGUAGUGCCCGGUAGUGGAUUCGGACAAAAGUCUAGCACUUGGCAUUUCCGAAUAUCGAGAUUAAUUAAUUAG